AUGGGAGUGUAUGAGGAGCGCGCCCCUCCUACCACCGGCAUGCACUGGCAGCCGGCCAGCUCGCAGGAGCGUGGCAGCGGCUUGGCUGUGGGGCGUCAAGGGGGGCCCGGCAGUGCGGGGGGGCCCGGAGCAGUGGACCAGGCGAGGGACCUAAGUCCCUGCCUCCCCGCGUCCAUGGGCGACGCUGCACGACCUACCACCUUACCGUGCAGUCCUCCUGCCGCCCACCAUCACGGGCCCCAUCAUACACCCCUGCAUCAGACCCACUGUGGCACGAACAACAACUGCUACGACGGACCCACCACCCCUUACGACUCGAGGGACUACGAUUCUCCUGGAGCAGGUGGACAGGAGUACAGGAACAACAACAGCAACUUCGAGAACCCCAGCGACCUGAGCAUGCCGCCCCAAGCCACCCAUCACCACCACCAUCACCACCACCACCAUCACCACUCCCAUCUCCAUCCGCAGACACACUCGCAAGAACAGCAGACAUCGGAGCAUUUGCACGCUAUCCCGAAGCUGGAGCCCCCGCCCACCCCGCCGGCGCAGUCCGACGACGUGCCGGGGGUGGUUUGCGCCGGAUGUGGUCUCCGGAUAUCCGACAGGUUCUACCUGCAGGCUGUUGACAGGAGGUGGCACGCCGCCUGUCUUCAGUGCUCGCACUGCCGUCAGGGCCUGGAAGGCGAGGUUACUUGCUUCAGUAGGGACGGAAACAUAUAUUGCAAGAAGGACUACUAUCGUAUGUUCGGCAGUAUGAAACGUUGCGCCCGGUGUCAAGCUGCAAUUCUGGCCUCGGAGCUGGUGAUGCGAGCCAGGGACCUCGUGUUCCACGUCCGUUGUUUCUCGUGCGCGGCCUGCGCGGUCCCCCUGACCAAGGGCGACCAUUUCGGGAUGAGGGACGGCGCGGUGCUCUGCCGACUGCACUACGAAAUGGGCGCGGAGAUGCACCCAUCCCAGAGCCCUCCGGUCCCGGUCUAUCCGCCCGGGCCGCACUACCCCGGCCAGCCGUUCCCCUCCCCGGAAUUCCUUCAUCAUCACCAUCAUCAUCCCUCCCAUCCGCCGCAUCCUCAUCACUCGAUGCACCCGCAGCACCCUCACAGCCACGUUAGCCCCGUGCCGCUUCAACCCUCGACGCCGUCCGUGCCCGACGCGGGCUCGCCGCCGAAAGUGCCGUACUUCAAUGGCGCCGCAGUCGUGCCGCCACCUAGGCAGAAGGGCAGGCCGAGGAAGAGGAAACCCAAGGAUCUUGAAGCUAUGACCGCUAACAUAGAUUUAAACGCGGACUACAUAGAUAUGCCCUUCGGUAGAGGGGGGCCGGCGACUCCCGGCAUGCCUGGUUCCAACAGCAGAACAAAACGAAUGAGAACGAGUUUCAAGCAUCACCAGUUAAGGACGAUGAAGAGUUACUUCGCGAUCAAUCACAAUCCGGACGCGAAGGAUCUCAAGCAACUUUCCCAGAAAACUGGCUUGCCAAAAAGGGUGCUGCAGGUCUGGUUCCAGAACGCCCGCGCAAAAUGGCGGCGCAUGGUGUUGAAGCAGGAGGGGAAGUCGGACAAGUGCGACAGCGGCGUGGACGGCGGUUCCCUCGGCGACCUUGAGCUCUAUGGGAACAGCACCGGAAGCGGUGGUCCACCGAUGAGCCCACCGUUCAUGCUGGGCGGGCCGCACAGUCCCGCGUCCCUGGCGUCCCUGGACUGCGCGUGAUCCCCGAAAUCCCUGUUCCGGGCGAAGUCCAUCGAACGAUUCCUCGCGACGGACGCGUAAUCGAGAAUCGUUCUCUUGCCGUUUCCCGCCGCGCCGGCGACCCAGGGAGCUCGCGACGGGAAACUGUUCCUCUCCAAGACCGCGAUUCCACGAUGUUUCCCCGUUCUCUCGACGCUGUGAAUAAUUUAUUUGUCGCGGACGAACGCAGCGGCUCGUCGGUUGAUCGCGAAUAGGGGCUCCCGAAGAAAGAGGACGCUGUUUCAUCCGGGAAAGCCUCUUUUAUUUUCACGAUUUUCUCGUUCCUGCGUGUCGACUCGAUGUUCCCUGUUGCCGUUCCAGCCAUUUCCAUGGAAAUGAACGUCGUUCCUGGUACUAUGGCAACAGUUAUACCUCGUUGCACCGCGGAACCCGUUGCCGAUGUUGAAUCAUUGGCGAACGAACGGUGGAAACCGUUUCUGGGAGACAAUAUUCCCGGGUAACUGUUAUUUGAUAGUUUAAGAUCGAUUCUUUUGCAUUGGAUCUAUACGAACUUCGCUGUUAAGCCGUGUCAAGGUAUCUGUAUCCCUUUUCUUUCUAUUAACAACGAUAUAUUCACAAAUUGUCACAAGACAAAACAAAAUACCGAGGGUUGAUCCUUCAAUUUUCUUAAACGUAUUUUCAAUCGUCUUAGUCGAUCCAAUUCAUUGACACUUCCCCAAAAGUGUCCAUGAAUACCCUAUUCGAAAAAUUGAGUAAAACAGAUAGUUCGUCGAUCGUAAACUCUCAAAUGAUUUGAAUACGCCCAGAAACUCCUCCGGUGCAAGGUACCGAACACAUUCGAUCGGCCAUCUUCCCGAUCGAGCUCGCGGGACAGAAGCUGAAGAGCACGCGAACAAGAUGGCGGGUGUACCAUAGCGUAUGGUGGUCAGUUAUAGUCGAAAAGCGUUAGAAAUCGUAUUUAUUGUGUCCGACACGGUGAAGCUCCGCGCGCGUGUCCGGUUCGAAUUCGUUCGACGGAAGUGCACGAUAUCGCGUGCGCGACGCAUAGAUGGGGAUACUGAAAUCGAUCGGGAGCGUUUGUAAUUAGUUGUCGAUGUCUAUUUAUUGGUUAUAAGCGUUCUGAGGUAAGCCUAGUUUGGGUUACAAACUUUACCAGUGCUGUGUGAAAAUCCAACGUUUCCGAGAGAGAAGGAAAGAAAAUUUUCGAAUGGGAGAUGUAAUACUGUCACUAGUAUUACAUAAUAUAAAUAAAUUAAAUAUAUAUAUAUAAUAUAUAUAAUAUAUAUAUAUUAUUAUCUAAUACAUAUAUUAGAUAUAUAUACAUAUAUAUUAUUAUUUAAUAUAUCAUUAUCGGUAAACGAAUUAGGCGGCGAAAGCUGGAAUCGGUUAACAUCGAAUUAUUCGUUCCGAUUGAUUGAAAUCGCGACGUUCGAACGAGUCAUUUGGAAAUUGUUCAAUAAAACGGAAGAAUACAAAAUUAAGCGGUGCGUUCUAAUGGCGUUUCGCGUCGCGUGAAACGUUGGGUUUUAACGUCGAUAAAUAUAAAUAUAUAAAUAUAUAUAUAUAAAUAUAAAUAUGAAUAUAAAUAUAAAUAUAUUAUUUAUAAAUAAAUUCGGGCGCGAGAACGACGUGUAAUUAUAAUUAUUGCUCAAACGAGAGAGACGACGAACGUGUGCGGAGCGUGGUAAUGCGAUAGACAUUGGCGGAUCGAGCCGCGCCCGAUCGCGAAUCCUUUUGCGUAAACAUUGACGUAAUUGUUGUAAAUAAAGGACGUUCCUCAAGUUUCUUAAGGCACCGCUAUAGGUUGUAGGGAUUAUAAUUGCAUUCGGUAGCGGUUCUGUUAGGCAAGGUAAUAAUGAUGACGACGAUUAUUAUUAUUAUCACUCCUAUUAUUAAUA